UCCAAUUUCAUUCUCGGCUGCUGUAUCUUCUCGUGUGUCUCUCUCGAUCUCUUUAACUCCUCGCCUCGUUUCAUUGCACUAUUGACUUGACAUCGAAGCGGUUGCUGGGACAAGAAGCGUUCCUUGCUUCGCAAAACUACUAGAAAUCAUUCCUUCCUUUACUCGAUUUCCACAAAAAAAAGAUUGCAAAAAGACUGCAAAUUAUUAUUGUCUGCAAGGUUAAUUGUGAGUGGGUGGUAUGGUGGACUGACUGUUAUUUGAUGAUAAGCAUCUGGUCCUCAAUUGUGUACCUUAUACGUGACUCUCAAGAUUGACGGGCGGCCGUCGUGCGCACUAUUGGCGCAAGGCAGCUCAACCUAGAAUUUAAAUUGACUCUUGUCUAUCUCCUCUGUUUUGUGCAUUUCGCAGAGAAUGCACUCCACUCUCAGUGGAAGCAAAUGUAUGUGCGGAAAAAAUAAAACAUAAAUAAACAAAGAAAAUGGAUCAGCCCGUUUCAUAUCGUCCGUGAGAAUACGCCAUGUUAUCCCAGAGCUGAGAGAAAGGUUGCUAAAUAUCGAAAGAAUCCAACAUAAAUUACCCAGUGCCAAGUUUAACCCUGAAAUCUCGCCUUCCCAUUACUUUGAUUUGCUACUCUUCAUUUCGACACGAUGGCGACGUGACUGCAACACGGGAAAAAUUAGGUUGAGGCCUCGCGUCAUGAAAUAUUUUACCGAAAUGGAGUAAUUGCAUCCAGAUUGUGGACUAAAUUCGAUCCACUACUCAACUUUCUGUGGACUCCAUUUCCAUUUGAGCCGAGAAACCGACCUUCUCAAAAUGUUUGGGUUUCUUUUUAAACGAAAUAAGAACAAUGCUACUGCUGAGAACAAUAAGAAUGACGAUGCGUCCGCCAAAAUGCGAUUCUUCUCCGUUAAAGAUAAGAAAGGUGGUGAACAGUCGGCUACUCUUCCUGGUCGCGGAAGUACGAGUAGCACGACUCGUACUUCCUCGGAGGACACUAGUACCCGAUCUUCCAUCGCCAUGUCGGUCUCCUCCAUAAAUUCGUUGUCCCCUUCGGGCAGCAAUGUUAGUCAAAGUACGAGUAAUAAGGAUUCCGGCUUUGUCGACCAGAACCGUCUCAACUUGUACUCGUCGUCAUCGCCCAAUUUAAUCAUACCCGAGUCAGACAAGCUGAUCGUGAGUUUCGUCCCCACCACGAUUUCCGAUGUCCUCUCGGACCACAACCAAGUAGAAGAAGACGAUUGUGUCGGUGGUGUUGAUGUCAUUCAGUUCAUUGACGAUCCACUUCCAGAUGAAAUGAUGGAAACAACGACGACGAUGUCGCCAUGUGUCGACAACGACAAAGUUCAGGAUAGAGGAGAAGACGACUCAGAUAUUAAGAGACAACUGAAGGAGGCCGAGAGAAAGGCGAUGGUCCAACUUGACGCCAUCAGAUCAAAACUUAUUUCGAAAGAGACGGAAUUAACGCUCCUUCAAGCGGACAUCAACAUGCUCGCGGUGGACAGGGACAAUAAAUCCAUGGACGUGCAAACCUUGACUGGACAGCUGAACAUGCUCCAAGCGGAGAAUGACCUCGUUUUGAAACGUAUACACGAAUUAGAGGAGCAGUUGGAGGAUUUGAAAUCCAAAAAUGGCCAACUUUCGGACGAGCUGCUUAAAAAAUCUGAGCAACUCCACUCUCGCCAGACGCACGACUUGACAUCGCACCACCACCAGUGUGACGAACUGACCAAGAAAAUAUCCCAGCUCCAAGACACCAUCUCAUCCCUCUCUCGACAGAACACGGACCUCGCCAAAGGUCAAGACGUGUCUCGAAGGGAGAAAGAAAGUCAGAUCAAAGCCCUCCAAGACGCCUUGGAGGAUGCGCUCGAAGCCAAAAUCAAACUGCAGACGAAAUACGAGAAAGAAUUGCAGGACCUGCAACAGUCUAAUUCUUCCUUGUUGGAUGACUUUGAGUGGAAAUUGCACCAAGUGGAGUCCACUGCGAGGAAAAAGUUGCUCGAGAAAGAAAAAGAGCUCCAAGACCAAAUUACCACCUUAAAAGCCACCUCGUCCCAAACGUUUACCGCAGAAAAACAAGAACUUGACGCUGAGAGGGAGAAACUACGUCUAGAGUUGAGAAAGGUUGAACAUCUCAAAUCCUACGAAGCGGAAGUGACUCAACUUCGCGGUGUUACGAACGAGCAGCAAAAAUCCAUCCGGUCCGCAGCCAGACAGCUCGAGCAGUUUAAAACUAAUGAGCGAUUUAUGCAGAGUGAAAUUAUCUCGCUAAAGUUACUUUUAGAAAAGGAGAAAUCCCACUGCCAAGUGAUUACGAGUUCGACACAGAGAAGACUCGAUGCCCAAGAGCAGACUGGUUUGGAUCAGUUAUUAAAACAGAAGGCAGAACUGAAUGCAAAGUGGGAAGAUAAACUGAAGCAGGAAUGUUCCCGUGUCCAACAAGAGUUGAAAACCCUUCACGCCGAAGAGACCCGUCUUGCCGUGGAGUCCAUGAAGGGACGAAAAGAUGAGGAAUUUACGAUCGCGAAUGAAACCUGGAGCAGGACGAGGCAGGACUUGAUUAAGGAGAUUACCAAACUCAAGGAUGAAAUCAAAACGAAUGAGAACGCUCAUCAGAAAGCAAUCUCGAAAGCGACCACGACCAUUGACCGUGACAAUUGGGAGCUACGACAUAAAAUGGACAAAAUGCUGAAUGAACAUUUAGACGAAAUCGACACUAUCAAGGGUGCCCAUUCCGAAGAGAUGGAUCGGUUGAGGAAACGAUACGACAACGCUCUCGUCCAGUUGGACAAACUAGAAAAGAAAAUAGAAGACUACGAGAGGGCAGCCGCGUUAUCUGCCAAUCUGACCCCCGGGUCGUCCUCCCUCCUGGAGAAGAACGACUCCGGAAUUGCCACCACCUCGAACAAGUCCUCAAUUCUGGACCACACCGGAAAUGGGGACGAGGACUCGGACUGUUCUUCCUCCGAGGAACAGAGUGACGACGAGGAAGACGAAGAAGAGGAGGAAGAAGAGGAGGACGACGAAGAAGAAUUCGAACAAGCAAAGUCAAACCAUAUCAAUAUUUCCGAAAAUAAAAUUUUGGAGCUGCGGGAAGAAGUUGCCACGCUGCAAGACUCGAUUGACACGUUGACACUUAAUCUCGUCCAGAAUGACGACGAUGAUAAGCCAAAUAACAACAAGGACGACAAAGGGGACCUAAACGCUAAGGGGACCCCGAUUUUGGUCAAGGACUCUGACUUCUUAACCAUCACGGAAGAAGCGACGGGCGACAAUUCGUCAUCUUCUUUCAAAUCGACGACAGAAAAUGAAUCCUCGUCCGCCAUUUCGGACACGGACAAUGAAUCUGACGACUUGUCAUCAUCAUCACCGUUUUUCUUGAUUGGUGGUGUUGUUGUGAUGAUUCCAGUUCUUUCCUACAUAAUUUUCCACUCGAUCCUGAUCGUGUUAUGGACAUAUUUCCUGCUCAUCCUCCUCGUCCGUACUUUACGACGACGACGACGACAACAACAACCACCACCACCAGCACCACGAAGAGGUGAAGCCAAGACAGAGUAGGAAUAAUUAUUGAUUUGUUUUGUAACUGCGACUCAUUUCCAAGGCUCGGAAACAAUGGAAUUUUUCAUGGAAUGCAAAACAACCUAGGCUAAAUUUUGUUAUGUUACGAGUGGAAGCAUAACUUCCGUGAAAGGAUUAUGAUUUUUUAACUCUUGUUCGGAGAAAGACCUUUAAAAUAUAAAUGUACGAAGUGAACCCAUUUUUGUCUCCUGUUGUGCUAGAUUUUUUGCAUGUGAACGAACACUCGUUUAAUUUUUUUUGUUACAAAAUUUUCUUAGCCUGUCUUGCUUUAGUUGUUUUUACGUUUACAGAAUAUGUACCAACUGGGAAAUAGGUGUGAUGUACCCGUACGUUUAAAUACAUGAACCCUUAUGUCCAGACGUGGGCAAAAUACUUUGUUAAAAUACAGGAUUUUGAGCUCCGUGGUUUCUAGUCCAAGGCUGUCAAAAUACUUCAUUUUUAAGAAACGUACAAACAAUGUAUUUUUUGACGACGAAUUUGAAGUUAUUUUCAUCACAAAACCUGCAAUUUCGUAAGACUGUUAUUCUCCAUGCAUAGUCUCGUCUUCUUGUGGGUGUAACAGCCCUGGACUGUAUUUUGACAAAGUAUUCUGCCUACCCCUGCCAACCCCUAUUUAUGUCGAUAUUAUUAUAUAUGCGAUUAUAUAGUUUUGUUAGUCAUGUUUUUCCAGUGCUAAAAAGCAUGGAAUGUAAAGUGGGUCUCGUCUAACUUACUAUUGCGCAGCUCCAUUUGCAAAAAAAUGCGUUAAAUUACACACUAAAACCAGUAAAACCAUUGUAAUGAGCAAUAAAACAAUGUAUGGCAUUUA